CACUGAGUCCAGAGUAGGAAAAAGUCCGCGCUGUUUAUUUUCUCCUUUUCUUGUUUAUUUCGCACUUCGGAAACCUUGCGAAUGUUUAUCGGAGCUUUAGAGAACAUCAUUUAAAAGGAAAACUGAGGGGGAAAUAUAAAUUAGUGCCGUUUUUGAGGAAGCCGAGCAGAAAGCGUUCACUUCUGAGGCCUGGUGACCCACAUUCAGCAGUCGGUGUGCGUUCAAAACUCUGCCGUGAAUACAUUUGGUGUGUGAAUGUGUUUUCGAAUGUUGUGACUGAAAGUUGUGUACACAGUGUGUGAUCACAACAGUCCUUAAACCAGGUGGAAAAUAUGACAGCUUGCAUGUUUGUCAACACGUAGCUGUCAGUGCUGCCCAUAGUGCAGCAUGUUGUCACAGUCGGGCUGCAUUUGAACCUCGAUUACGAAGAGUGGAGGCUGUUAUAGCUGCAAAGCCUGCAGACUCUAAAGUGUCUUGUGUGUGAUUUUUUUUCAGGGUGUCCGGCGCUCCCUCUGCAAAUGUCUCCCCGAAGCUUGGAGUGCGCUCCCCACAGACCGACCCAUGAAGCACCAUGAGCUCCACAGACAGGGACGAUGGCAGCAUCUUCGACGGCUUGUUGGAGGAGGAUGAGCGAGACAAGGCCAAACGGGUUUCGCGGAACAAGUCGGAGAAGAAGAGGAGGGAGCAGUUCAACGUCCUGAUCGGGGAACUGGGCACCCUGCUGCCCGCCAGCGCCCGCAGGGCGGACAAGUCCAGCGUCCUGCAGAAGUGCAUCGACCACCUGCGCAGGCACGAAGAACUGGCCGAGCAGUCGGAGUCCAGCGAGAUCCGGCGGGACUGGAAACCUCCGUUCCUCAGCAACGAGGAGUUCACACAGCUCAUGCUGGAGGCCCUGGACGGCUUCUUCCUCGUCAUCCUCACGGACGGAAACAUCGUCUACGUGUCCGAAAGCGUCGCCUCCCUGCUCGGCCACCUACCGUCGGACUUGGUGGAUCAGAACCUGCUGAGCUUCCUGCCGGUGGGCGAGCACGCCGACGUGUACAAAGCCUUAUCCUCACACCCGGAGGGCGAGAACCUGAGUCCAGAAUACCUCAGAACGAAGGGUCAGCUGGAGUUCUGCUGCCACCUUCUCAGGGGCUCGGUGGACCCCAAGGAGCCGCCCGUGUACGAGUACGUCCGGUUCAUCGGUCACUUCAAGUCGCUCAGCAACAUGCCUCGUAUAACCCGGAACGGUCUAGAAGAGGUACUUCAGAGGUCCCUGCGCCCGGCCUUCGACGACCACGUGUGCUUCGUAGCUACCGUGAGGCUAGCCGUGCCUCAGUUCAUCAGGGAGCUGUGCGUCGUGGUGGAGGAGCCGAGCGACGAGUUCACGUCUAGACACAGUCUGGAGUGGAAGUUUCUCCUCCUGGAUCACAGAGCUCCGCCCAUCAUCGGCUACCUUCCCUUCGAGGUCCUGGGAACGUCCGGCUACGACUACUACCACGCGGACGACCUGGAGUCACUGGCUAAAUGCCAUGAGCAUCUGAUGCAGUUUGGGAAGGGCAAGUCGUGCUGCUAUCGCUUCCUCACCAAGGGUCAGCAGUGGAUCUGGCUCCGGACUCACUACUACAUCACCUACCACCAGUGGAACUCGCGGCCCGAGUUCAUCGUCUGCACCCACACGGUGCUCAGGUACGCGGAGGUGCGGGCGGCGCAGAGGAAGGAACUGGGCGUCGACUCGUCUCCUGAGCCUCCGGUGGACGAGUCCGGGGACUCGGGUCCGAAGUCUCCUCCGAACGCCUCCAGCCUGAAGGGGGCGCUGGAGCGUCUGGACGACGGCCGCCGCACGCCGUCCGUCUCCUCGCGCGGUUCCCGCGGGUCCUCGCUCACGUCUGCACGCGAGCUUCGAAAUCCCACGCCCACCAAACCGCAGGCGGACGCGAGCUCUCCGGCCCGGCCUGCUCCCGCCGACCCCGGAUCACGGCGGCGUCCCUCCGACGGGGCCCAGAGCACAGAUCCUCAGAGUCCGAUCCAAAAGCCUGCUCCCGCUCAAGUCCCUCGACAGCAGCCGACUCAAGCCGGCGCCCAGCUCGACGUCAUGCAGCAUCUGAAGGAGCAGCUGGAACAGAGGACGCAGAUGAUCGAGGCCAACAUCAAGAAGCAGCGGGAGGAACUCAGGCAGAUCCACCAGCAGCUCCAGAGGGUGCAGGACCAAGGGCUUGAGAUGUUCCGGCAGCAGUCGAGCGCCGGGGGCAAAGCGCAGCCGCCCCAGGGGAGCCAAGCGUCCUCGUCGGCGAGCGGGACCUCCCACAUCCUGGGGCCGGUGUACAACACGGUGAUGGUCAGUCACGCCGGCGCCAGCGUGGUGCAGAUACCCAGCACCAUGGUGAACAACGUGAGGUUUCCCGGCGGGCAGCAGCUGGUGACCAAGCUGGUGACCGCUCCCAUGGCCUGCAGCACCGUCGUGGUCCCCUCUACGGUGCUGGUGGGGCCGGUGGUGACCGCCUACAACCCGUACGUGAGGCGGCAGGGUCGGACGCAGGACCAGGGAGCGCAGGGACAGCAGCAGGGGGCGGCGCAGAGUCAAGCGCAGGAACAGACGCGACAGUAACGCAAGAAAGUAUGUUAGAAGGUCUGUCCACUUUCUUAAUGGCCCAGGAACUCCUCAAGCUUGGCGCCCCCUAGCGGGCACAAUUGGCCAUCAAGUCUGCUCCGGACUAUUAAGAGGGCGGGGUCUGGUGCUGUGUAAGGACCCUGGUUAGCAGCCCGAUGCUCCUGUACAGAAGUGGACGUCAGCGAGUGACUCUCCAUGUGCUAGACUGGCGUCAUGUGCGAAUCCCGCCCAUAUACGGGCGAAUAAAAUGGGGUCGGUGGACUGAACCCUCCUUGGAGAAUAAACCCUCCUUGGGCACCAUCAGGGUCCCUAGCAGCAGAAAUAGACUUACCGUUUGAUUCAGUUCACUUUGAAGCCCAACCCUCAGCAAAUCAACCCCAAAACAUCAUGGAGCCUCAUCUACGUUUCACAGUAGGCACAAUAAGCUUAAAUUUGUCGCCCCCGUAAACGGUCAGCGUGACGUAUCGAAACGUUUAGAAAGGCGAGCCGUGGGAGUGCAGUCCGACUGGCAAAAGCAGGGCGUGGCACGGGCUCAACCACAGCGACCGCCGCAGUUUAUGUGGGCACAGCUUUUUGACAAUGGGCUCUGCAAAUGGACAAAUCAACCCCAAAACAUCAUGGAGCCUCAUUUACGUUUGUUAUGGACGUUAGUUAAUGAAGGGAUAUUAUAUUUUAUAGGGAAAAUAUCCAAAUUUUAACGCCACACUGUAUGGUCAAAAGUAUUGGGACGCCCGGUCUCUAAAGCAAAUGCUAUUAAAAUAGAGCGCACAUGACUUUGUGCCCAUUUAGUCUUACUAAUGAGCCAGUGCCCACAAUGGGUGUCCCAAUACUUUUGUCCAUAUAGUGUACUGUUUUUGUGUUUGUUUUGCUUUUUUAUUGUCUUCUACAGCACUUACCGUGGACUCAACACGCUAAACCGCCGUGACUUCUUGUAUUGUAAUCUCGGUGCUAAUUAAGCACUAACGACCAUAUAGAGCGAGUAAACGUUUGCCCAAUUCAGGAACGGGCACGUUCAAGCGCUCCGGUGCAUACCGAUGGUGCGUACCAGGCGAUGACCAAUCAGAUACUCGUUACCAUUUCAGUUAGAAAUUCCAAACUGUUCCGAUAGUCCUCAGACUUCGGCAAAGCAACCCCAAAACAUUAUGGAGCCUCAUUUACGUUUCACAGUAGGCUUCAUUUUUCGCUCCUGUGAACAGCGUGACGGAUUAAAACGCUUACAAACAGCAGCAGGGUCAAAAGCUCGCUCCAAAAUGUUCCGAUAGUCUUCAGACUAUAGCAAAUCAACCCCAAAACAUUAUGGAGCCUCAUCUACGUUUCAUGGUAGGCACAGUGAGCUUCAUUUUUCACCCCCGUAAAUGGUCAGCGUGACGUAUCAAAACGCUUCGAAACGACAUUGGGACCAAAGGCUCGCUCCCAAAUGCUCUGACAGUCUUUAAAAUUUAAUAAAGCAACCCCAAAACAUUAUGGAGCCUCACCUAGAGUACCAGUCAAAAGUUUGGACACACUUUCUCAUUCCUGUGGUUUUUCUUGAUUUUUUCUUUAUUUUCUACAUUGUAGAUUAAUACUAAAGACGUCCAAACUAUGAAGGAACACAUAUGGAAUUAUGUAGUAAACAAAAAAGUGUUAAACAAACCAGAAUAUGUUUUAUAUUUUAGAUUCUUCAAAGUAGCCAUCUUUUGCUUUAAUGACAGAUUUGCACACUCUUUGAAAUUUUCUCAACCAGCUUUAUUAGGUUUCCACCUGGAAUGGUUUUCAAUGAAUGUUUGUGCCUUGUCUAGAGUGAAUUUUUGGAAUUUGUUGCUUUUUUAAUGUGUUUGAGACCAUCAGUUGUGUUGUGCAGAGGUAGAGUUGGUAAAAUAUAAAACAUAUUCUGGUUUGUUUAACAC